UCGCUUGGAUUACCUUUUGGAUUCACAUUUCAUGCGUUUCGAUUGUUCAUAAUACAAAGCAUUCUGAACGUCCAUGACAAUAUAAAAUUACUGGUUUAAAAAUAAAAUCUUCUCUCUCUAUCUCUUUCCCUUUAUAAACAUGACUGUCAUUGGAACGCAGACCGACAGCGACAAAAGAUUACUGAGUUUUCAAAAUUAUGAAGAAUAUUUAGACUCUCUGGUGACGCCUGUAGAUAUCUCCUACCUCAAAAGCAAAAAAACCGCGCGCCAGUUGGCCGAGCUCGGAUACCGCUGCAUCGGCGAGACUUUGAACGAGGAGAACUUUUAUCGUCGCUUACGAAUCUCGGUACGUUAAUGAAGGAACUUGCCCUGCGCGAGCGAGCCAAC